GCCGCGCUCCUUGCUGCCGGAAGUAAUUCAUCUACACCAGCUUUUCUUAUUCUCAGACCGGAAGUUGCCCCCCUUCUCCUCUUCCUCUUCUUCUUAUUCUUACCGGAAGUAUCCCCCUUUUCUUCUCUCCCCCCCCCCCCACCACGGGCACCGGAAACACACUCGGCGCCCCGAGUUAUUGUGCGCGGGAGAGCGGAAGAUGGCGGCGAAUAUGUACCGGGUGGGCGACUAUGUAUAUUUCGAAAACUCCUCAAGUAACCCGUACCUGAUCCGCAGAAUAGAAGAGCUUAACAAGACCGCGAACGGCAACGUAGAAGCCAAAGUGGUCUGCCUGUUCCGUCGCAGAGAUAUCUCCAGCAGUCUGAACAGCUUGGCGGACAGCAAUGCACGGGAAUUUGAGGAGGAGUCCAAGCAGCCAUCGGUGGGCGAACCACAGAGACACCAGCUAAAGCACCGUGAGCUCUUCCUGUCCCGCCAGUUUGAGUCAUUGCCGGCUACACACAUCAGGGGUAAAUGUAGUGUAACUCUGUUAAAUGAGACUGACCUUCUGAGCCAAUAUUUGGAAAAAGAGGACUGUUUCUUCUACUCGCUGGUGUUUGACCCAGUACAGAAGACUCUAUUGGCUGAUCAAGGGGAGAUACGGGUCGGUUCCAAGUAUCAGGCAGAUAUUCCUGACCAGUUAGCAGAAGGUGAAUCUGAUAAUCGAAACCAACAGAAAAUGGAGAUGAAAGUUUGGGAUCCGGAGAAUCCUCUAACGGACAGACAGAUUGACCAGUUUCUUGUGGUUGCUAGAGCUGUUGGCACAUUCGCAAGAGCAUUGGAUUGCAGCAGCUCAAUAAGACAGCCAAGCUUACACAUGAGUGCAGCCGCCGCUUCUCGUGACAUCACACUGUUUCAUGCCAUGGACACACUACAGAGGAACGGUUACGAUCUCGCUCGUGCCAUGUCCACUCUUGUUCCUCAAGGAGGUCCUGUUCUGUGCCGGGAUGAGAUGGAAGAGUGGUCUGCAUCAGAAGCAAUGUUAUUUGAGGAAGCGUUGGAGAAAUACGGAAAGGAUUUCAAUGACAUUCGGCAAGACUUUCUGCCUUGGAAGUCUCUGGCUAGUAUUGUUCAGUUCUACUAUAUGUGGAAAACUACAGACAGAUACAUCCAGCAGAAACGUCUGAAGGCGGCUGAGGCAGAUAGCAAACUGAAGCAAGUCUAUAUCCCAACUUACACCAAACCCAACCCCAAUCAGAUUAUCUCUGUUGGAGCCAAGCCUGGACUGAAUGGAGCCGGAUUCCAGAAAGGUCUAACCUGUGAAAGCUGCCACACCACAGUGUCGGCACAGUGGUAUGCAUGGGGUCCACCCAACAUGCAGUGUCGCCUUUGUGCUUCCUGCUGGAUUUAUUGGAAGAAGUAUGGAGGACUAAAAACGCCAACGCAGCUUGAAGGCGCAACUCGGAAUAUAGGGGAAGCCCACCCUCGUGGCCACCUAUCUCGGCCCGAAGCUCAGAGCUUAUCUCCAUAUACCACCAGUGCUAGCCGCGCUAAGCUAUUGGCAAAGAACCGGCAGACGUUCCUGCUGCAGACGACCAAAUUAACCCGCAUCGCGCGCCGGAUGUGCCGAGACAUCUUGCAGCCUAGGCGAGCUGCGCGCCGACCCUAUGCCCCGAUCAACUCCAAUUCCAUUAAAGCAGAAUGUUCCAUUCGCCUUCCGAAAGCUUCUAAAACUCCUCUGAAAAUAUCGCCCUUGGUGCGCCCACCUUUGGCUGCCAUAGUCAAAGAACUCGCUGCCCAAGCGCCCCUGAAACCGAAGACUCCCCGUGGAACAAAGACCCCAAUAAAUAGGAACCAGCUGAGUCAGAGUCGAGUCAGUAGUAUUGGUGUUCUGCCCGCCAAAAGAGCUUUUGAAGCAGUAUCCGGUGUGGGGGUUGUUCCUCCAUUCUCCGCCAAUGGUCGCUCCUUCUCAUCAGGUGUCCGUUCUAGCAAUCAACCCAAUGUCAAGAGGCAGAAGCUCAAUCUUGCCGAUGCCCCUAAUCCUGUCGUUUUUGUGGCUACUAAAGACACAAGAUGCUUAAGAAAAUCCUUAUCGCACAUGGAGAUGCGCCGAGCUGCCCGACGUCCCAACCAGCCUCUGAAAUUGAAGCUGCCGCUGCCCCCGCGACCAGCUGGGCUUCUACCCUCCCUCACAACACCCCAUCCUGCCAGUACAAGUGAACCAAUUGUGUUGGAAGACUAAGGGACUCAAAAAAACACCAUCUGUAGAAAAGAGAAAAAAAAUAAUUCUGUCCCCCCCUUCAACCUUUUUAGUCAGUACUGCUCACUCGGUGCUUAACUCACUGGCAAACGCACUUGAGGACAGAAGGACCCUGAGACCUCCCAUUUUGAAACCCAUCCCCCCCUCCCUCCCCCCACCUAGUGGCGACAGGGCCUUAUUUUUGCUCUUUCGCUUUUCCCACUUUUCAUUCUACCCUCCUAUUUUUUAUUUUUAAUAUAUAUUUUUCUUCAUAUAACUCCCUUGCCUCGUCAUUGGGGGCUCUAAUGCUCUCGGCUCCGCGUCCCUGAUAUUUUUUUUCUGUUAUUUUGUUGUUUAGUUUUUUUGCUUUUUUUUUUGUACAAUGAAAUAAUUUGAGGUCCACCAGUAAAAUAAGACAAAAAAAAGGAA